UAGCUUAACGGUACUUAUUAACUCGAAAAAAUCCGUAAUUAUAGUCCUGCAUCUACUAUGUAGUUAUUGGAGAUGAAGUAGACCGUGUGAUUUAAUGUUCUUUUCCCAGAAAACGAAUCAAAAACGUCCAGAGGAAAAAUUAAAGUAGCUUAGCGUUAAGACUAGACCCCAAUUAGGCCUAACAUAAAUAAUUUGAUAAGAUCUUUCUAAUUAUGGAGUUUUUAUGGUUGAACGACUGUUGCAUCAGAUAAAAAUAUUUUAGUUUUCUUUUACGAAUCUUCUGGAUGAAAUAUAACGUCCUGCGUGCUUUCACAUUGUUAACAUUUACGCAAAGUGCAAAAUAUAACAAACGAUAACAUAAAUUUAGCAUGUGCACUUAUUAUCCAACUAAAAACUCGUUUCGUAAUCGUAUGUUGAUCAUUUAUCAACUUUCUUCAAGAUCUCAUUACUUAAUACACUUGCAACGAUAUUUUGCCAUUCAUUAAGUAAACUGAUUUCGUUUUUACUGUUCGCGCUUCUGUUUCUUUUCCUUGAGUUGCGUUAUUUUCCCAAAGUACCUAUCUAUCAAUCUCCUAAAGGAAGAUAACCGUUUCAAAGCGGCUGUGUGCCUUGAAUUGAAAUUAAUUGACCUGAACGAGACGUGCGUACAAAAUUAUCAGAGUGCAGUGUUGUGAAUGAUAGCGUGAAUUGACGUUAUAUUUUGUCUGAACUUUCUUUAAAUUAGCGGGCGAAGAAUGCGCCCAAACAUUCGAGGACAAAAAUGUGGAAGCACUUCUUCUUCGUUUUAUUUCUCAAAUACAUUCAUAUACAAGCACAGGUGGUGAUUGUUCCUGCGAGUGAUGUAUCGCGUCCAGCCUCUAAACAAGGCACUCAGUCGGGGAUUGAUACUAUUGUGAUAGGUAGUUGCAAAAUAGCGGUUAAUAGAUUGUGUCCCGAUCCCGAUGUGACGUUUUAUUUGUAUUCGAAGAAAUUUCAAGAAGAGCCGGCGCCUGUGAGAAUCGGUGGUGAUUCUGGCAAUUCAAAUUUGAGUUUGACAACGUUUGAUCCAAGUCUUCCGACUAAAAUUGUUAUUCACGGAUAUAACUCCGACCGGAAUUUGAACGUACUGAUCGAAAUCAAAAAACAAUAUUUCAACCGAACGACCGACUUGAACAUAUUCUUCGUAGACUGGUCCUCUCUCGCCGCAGGUCCUUGUUACCCAGCUGCCGUCUGGAACACCAGACAUGUGGGCGAAUGUACUGCACAAUUAGUCGAGCGAAUAAAGGAAAUGGGGGCUAAAAACAUUCACUUGAUUGGUUUUAGUUUAGGCGGGCAAUUAACAAAUUUCGUCGCUAACGCCGUCCGACCUUACAAGGUUUCAAGGAUUACAGGACUCGACCCAGCUGGUCCUGGAUUUCUCACCGCGGGUCCAGAAAACAAAUUAGACAAAAGUGACGCUGAUUUUGUCGAUGUAAUUCACACGAACGCAUUCGUGCAAGGAAUUGUGGAGGAAAGCGGCCACGUUGAUUUUUAUAUAAAUGGGGGUGUGAUACAACCCGGAUGUUGGGCUGAGAAUAGGUUUUUUGCUUGUAAUCACCACCGGGCGCCACUAUACUUUGCCGAAUCAAUUAUAACAAAAAUGGGGUUCUGGGGGUGGCCGUGCCCUUCAUACACCGAGUAUUUAAUAGGGAGGUGUCCGCCCAAAGAGCCACAAAUCAUAAUGGGCGAGUUUGUAAAUAGGACGUCGAGUGGUGUGCAUUUGGUUAUAACCGAUUCGGUUUCACCGUUUGCCGUUGGGAAAUUCACAGGGCCGGCGAUUGAAAUAUUUGUCAAAUCAGAACAAAUAAGAAGGGAUAUUUUAGAAAAGUACAAAAAGGAUGUUGAGAAUUUUAUCGAUGAAGAUGAUGUGGUUGCCAGUUUGUAUGAACAUAGUCGUUUGAAAAAUAAACUUAGUAAAAAGAAAAGUGAAAAUAUUAUCGACAGUGGGUCAGUAGAGGUUGAUUUAAUUUAGUGCAACUGUGUUGUUUUUAUUUUGUUAAUAACUGAAGGAAUAAUAUAUAUUUUUUUUAUAAUUUC